UGAGGAGGAAGCCGGGGGCGGGAGGCAGCCCGGGUUUCCCUGUGGGGCCGAGAUGGGCACGUUUCAUUUCCACCCCAACCCCUGCCGCGUGUGGCGGAGGACGAGACAGCGCCGUGGGGAAGGAAACGCGGCGAGAGCCGGGGCUGCGCGGCACGGCACGGGGCACUGCGGCACGGGCAGGGGGCCCGCUGCCUCGCCAUGGCUCCCGGCGCCUCGAGGACCACACGGGGCAACGUGGACGUGGCCCUGGCCAGCCUCUGCGUCCUGCUGCUGUGCUGCAGCCCCGCGCUGGCUGGCUGCCACCGGGUGACCUUCUCCCCAGCCACGUUAACUCGCCCCGCAGGCGGCUCAGCCACCUUCUUCUGCAACAUCUCCAUAGAGAACAACUCCAGCCUGGAGUACAACCUCAACUGGUACAAGGAGACCAACCACAGCGUUCCCCAAAAAAUUGCUCAGAUCAGCCGGAGCAUCCCCCAGACGAAGACGGAGAAGUACCUGCUCUCCAACCACAAUCCGGUCUUCAAGAUCGAGAUCCUGAACCUCCACCAGAAUGACUCGGGCUCCUAUUACUGCGGGCUGAUCGCCUUCUUCCAGUCCAACAAAGUGGAGGAGAGCAACCGGUCCCACCUGGUGGUCACAGCCCCUGAGAAGAUAAACAUCACCGAGGAGCCCGGCGUGGAGGACAGCAGCCCCCCAAGCCACAUCAAGGCCGUGAUCCUGGGCGUCCUGCUGCUGGGCUGCGUGGUCGUGCUGGUGGUCCUCGGCUACUGCCUCGUCACCUACAGGAGAGGAGAUGUGCAGAAACCACCAAGUGAAAACACCGCGGAGAAGGAAGAGAAGCCACCCGUGGUGUCCGUCUCCACCGUGGACUACGGCGUGCUGGAGUUUCAGUGGGACCCACACACCCAGCUGCCUCCCGAGACCUGCCCGGAUGACCAGACCGAGUACGCCACCAUCAUCUUCCCCGAGGAGAAACCUGUCACACCCGAGCGGGGCAAGAGGCACCUGGACGAGAGGACGUGGCAGCCCCCGUCACAGCCCUGCUGAGGGCCGGGCUGGCCCCAAAGCCAGGCGUGUGCUGAGCAGAGUGGUGGAGGUGCUGCUGCUGCAGUUCGUGUCGGACAGCGCUGGCUGUGCUGGUGUCACGGCCACGGGACAGGCACCGAGGGACGGGGACAGGUCCCUGCUGGCCUGGUGCUGGGCUCCAGGUGCCUCCGUACUAAGGGCAGGAUGGGACCGAGCAGUGAUGCCAAGGGGUCUGUGCCAAGGGAUGGCCUCUCAGCGUCAAUCUCUGGGGAUAUCUGGGACAGCCGCCCUGCGUCCAACCCUGCCGGCAAAGCAGGGCUUUGGGAUGGGCUCCAGAGCGAGAACAGGGGCAGUGCUGGGAGCUGCCACCCCACGGGAGCAACAUCCCCACCCCAGGGUCUUGUGCCAGCUCGGGGCAAGGCCUUCUGCACGUACUGCUAUUUAUCGAGCCCCUGGGAAGCUGGCGGGUGCUAUCAGACACUUCCCUCCUCCGCGGGGACGAGGGGCACCGCUGGGCAUCCCGGGACGAGGAUGCUGUGCCUGGUGGGAGCCGGAGCCGGCUGUGGGGGCGAAUAAAGAGGUUGGCACCCAG